GCCAGCCCUUUUCUCCACGAUCGUGGUGGCCUUGGUGAUGGCCGGUGUGGGUGCUGCGCUAUUGGAACGCUUCGGCUGGGCCGUGGACUUGCAGGCGCCGGAGCUGGAGGUUCGAGUGCAGCUGAAUCAGGAAGAGCUUUUGGUGAGCCUCACAGCGUUGGUGCAGCCGCUGGGUGCUCGUGGUUGCUAUUUGGCACACCCAGGCCUGCACCCAGCCAUUGCUUGGGUCUUGGCACGUUGCCUGAACAUCGAAGAGCAAGACACGGUCUUGGAUCCUAUGUGCGGGAGAGGGGUGCUUCUGUGCGAGGCGGCUCUCAACUGGCCACAUGCAGGUGCAUUCAUUGGGUGCGACCUGGACCCUGAUCAGCUGCGGCUGGCUGCUGAGAACGUGGCAAACCUCGCUCGGGGGAGCACCAGCAGUGCCCACGCACUUCAGCUGCUGCGGGCUGAUGCAGCAAAGCUGGGGGGACUGCCGUUGGCCAAGGGCUCCGUGGACAAGGUGCUCACGGACCUUCCGUUUGGGAAGCAGUUUGGUUCUCUGGACACCAACCGCAGCUUGUACCCCGCGGUGCUGGCCGAGCUGGCCCGGGUACUGCGGACGGGUGGCCUGGCAGCAGUUCUGACUAGCCAGUCGAACCGGGCGACGAUGCGGGAGGCGCUGGCGGGUCAAGCAGGCAGACCGAGCAGCUGGAAGGUGGAACACUUGAGAAGCUUUCGGCUUUUUGUGAAGAUGGACGCCUGCAUCUACUUGCUGCGGAGGGUUGAAGUGGAAGGAGGAUUGGAUGGUGGGGAACGGGGAGGAAAGACGAAGAUGGGUGGCUUGUCGGGUCCAUUUGGCUGGGAAGAUGGGUCGAGUUGGCACGAACAAUGGGCUAAACAUCGCCCAGCAUUGGUGCCCUUUGGCAGUGCGAGCAAAGAGCGGCUGGAGCCCAUGAAGUCAUCCUGUGCAGAUUUGUGCAGUGUCAGCUUUUUGCCGUGGGUUGUUGGUUGUUUCAGGUGCAGAGAACAGAUUAAAUGGGAAUGUGCAGAAUGUCGGUGUUGCUAA